AUGUGUAGCUUCGAUCUGGCCAUGGACCCCAACAUCGAUAUCGCCGAGACUUCCACUUGCACUACUUGCCGCUUUGUUGAGGAUAAAUCCAAUUACUGGACCGCUGUCCUUUACUUCAAGCAUCGAAACGGGUCCUAUUACAGAGUUCCUCAAAUGGCCAAUCACAACACUGGCCCAGGGUACCAAGCCGGGGGAAUGACUGUCUACUACUUCCAACCCCGUCCGCCCACCAAAAACUUGAACGUCGUUGCUUUCGCCAAGGGAUUCCGAAUGAUUACUGGCAACCCGAUGCGGCGCAGUAAUGCUGAUAUUGCGCCCAACUCGACGGAAUACCGCACAUCAUCUUACAGAUGCUUUGAGGGCGCUGACCUAGGCUUUGGCGUUCCUGGUGGUGCAGACUCGAUCGACACCUUCGACCUCCCGAAUCGACCUUGUUCAGGCGGCAUUCGGUCAAAUAUUUUCUUCCCCCAAUGCUGGGACGGGGUCAAUCUCGAUACACCUGACCAUUCGAGCCAUGUCGCGCACCCAGUAGGAGGUAUCUUCGGAACCGACUGCCCGGAUAGUCAUCCCGUUCGCCUUCCCUUGCUCUUCAUCGAAAUCGUUUGGGAUACGCGCUCGUUCAAUGACCCAGACCUUUGGCCAGAAGACGGCAGUCAACCUUUCGUUUUCAGCAUGGGAGACCCAACUGGUUACGGACAACACGCCGACUAUGUCUUCGGCUGGGAAGGCGAUUCUCUCCAGCGUGCGAUGGAGGUCUGCACCAACAGCGACGGUAUCCCCACGAAUUGCCCCGUCCUUACAGUCCAAGAUACCGACGCGAUGAACAACUGCCGACUUCCCGCCAAGGUUCCCGAAGUCGUCGAGGAUGCAUAUCUCUCAGAGAUGCCUGGCUGCAAUCCAAUUCAAGCUGGGCCCGAGCCAGCUACGAUGGUCCCCGACUGCACAGCGGUCUCGACAACCAUCGACGCCCCUCUCCCCACCGGAUCUCCAGCUGCGAUUAUUCCACCUUGGCAAGUAUGUCAUGACGGAAGCUCGACGGAUCCUCUGGUUCCACGGUGUGACUCGAUCCCUGUUAAAGAGAAGAGGGACGUCCCCGCUGUUGUCACUCCUUUGUGA